GGGUUCCUUCUGAAGACACGAGCUGAGCUAUGUGAGUGCUCCAGACAAAGGCAAAGUAGGAGCUGGGGCAGCUGCUCGAUCCGGACGCUGGUGAGAUGUCUCCGUGAAGCCGUGCACGGUCCCACUCUCCACCAGCGUCACUCGGCUUCCCAGCUGUUGGCCGGGCCCCAGGCCCCGCGCUCGCCCCUCACAGUCCGUUAUCCAGGCCCUUCUCACGCCUCCCACGGCAGCUGGCACGGCAAGCCCCCUCCUCCUGGCACGGCCCCGCUCACUGUGGCUGGCGCUCAGCAUCGGCUCUGUUUCACCCUCACUGGCAGGUCAGCAGCCCUCCCCCCACCGCGCCCUGCGCUGCUGCGGCUGUGUUCGCAUCCAGAACCACCCGGCGCACACUCACAGCUCACCCAGCUUCUUGUCCCCAGCACUCAGCACACGGCAGGGCCAGAGAAUGACCCUGCAGGAUCCCCGAGACCGCCCUCCGUUCGCUGGUUCCCUAGCGUCCUGCGAGAUUAUCUCAGCAGUGCGUGGCAGUGUGCAGGGUCUGGCCAUGAAGGCGCCCUGAAGGCUUUGGGGGGCCAGUCUCACGGGAGCGGGUGCGGGCCUGGUGACCCGAGCGCUCAGUUCGUCUCUCCAGCAGUCAGGCUGAAACCGAGUGGUCCAAAGGCCCCAGUGGGGGGCUGGGGGUUUAGCUCAGCGGCAAAAGCCCCAAAACCCCGCCAGGUGGGGCUCUGACUCUUUGGGAGGGCUCCCAGUCAGGCCCACUGGUGUAAUAAACUGCCUC